AUGAAGACCUCUUUGGCCACUGCAGUUAUUCUCUUUACUUCGGUGCUGGCAGCGCCUGUCCCCAAGGGUAAGGCCAACAAUGAAAAUGCCAAUGCGGAUGUCGACAUCCCCACUGGUCCCGGCCCCGUGUGCACCGAUACCGAGAUCUGUCCGUAUGAGACCGGUAACAGUCAGUAUGCCCGCCGUCAGGAGCCUAUCCCUGACCACGCCUUGGAGUCUCUUAUCGGUGGUGGUCUGGGCAGGAGAAGCGAUGAGGCUAUUCCUACUGAUGCCAUCAUCUCGCUGGCUGGUGGUGGCCUCAAGCGACGUGGUGAUGAGGAUGUCCCAGCUGACGUUCUGGCCACCCUGCUUGGGCGCCGCCAGGAACCUAUCCCUACCGAUGCCAUCAUCUCGCUGGCUGGUGGUGGCCUGAAGCGACGUGGUGAUGAGGAUGUCCCAGCUGACGUUCUGGCCACCCUGCUUGGGCGCCGCCAGGAACCUAUCCCUACUGAUGCCAUCAUCUCGCUGGCUGGUGGUGGCCUGAAGCGACGUGGUGAUGAGGAUGUCCCAGCUGACGUUCUGGCCACCCUGCUUGGGCGCCGCCAGGAACCUAUCCCUACUGAUGCCAUCAUCUCGCUGGCUGGUGGUGGCCUGAAGCGACGUGGUGAUGAGGAUGUCCCAGCUGACGUUCUGGCCACCCUGCUUGGGCGCCGCCAGGAACCUAUCCCUACUGAUGCCAUCAUCUCGCUGGCUGGUGGUGGCCUGAAGCGACGUGGUGAUGAGGAUGUCCCAGCUGACGUUCUGGCCACCCUGCUUGGGCGCCGCCAGGAACCUAUCCCUACUGAUGCCAUCAUCUCGCUGGCUGGUGGUGGCCUGAAGCGACGUGGUGAUGAGGAUGUCCCAGCUGACGUUCUGGCCACCCUGCUUGGGCGCCGCCAGGAACCUAUUCCCACUGAUGCCAUCAUCUCACUCGCUGGUGGUGGCCUCAAGCGACGUGGUGAUGAGGCUAUUCCAACUGACGCCCUUGACUCGCUCAGCGGCGGGUGGAUCAAGAAGCGUGGUGAUGAGGCCAUUCCUACUGACGCCAUUAUUUCCUUGGCAGGCGGUGGUCUCAAGCGGCGAGACGACGAGGCUAUCCCUACUGAUGCUAUCAUUUCGCUGGCUGGCGGUGGUCUGAAGAGAAGUGAGGGAGACGCUAUGGAGUCGUACUAA